AAAAACAAACAAAACAUGAAAGUAAAAAAAAGUUUUAAGCAAAACAAAAUACUUUGAAUAUAUACAUAAAUUGCAAGUAAAUAGAAUAAAUGUCACUCACUCUUUUUAUUUACGUCUUGUACCGAUUGAUCAUUCGUGGAAUUAACACGUACGUACAGUGUAUAUUAGAGUGAGUCGAUUUUUGUGGACUCGAAAAAUAGCCAACACAAAUAUCUUCAACAAAACAUUGCCAAUAUAUAUUAUUUUUUUAUAAAACAAGUUUCAUUUUAAUAUCGUUUCUGCUAUUUACUCAAGGAGCAAAAGCCACUUAAGAACACCCUAUGAAGGAGACACGAAAGUGAAAUUAUUAAGUAAAUAGCAAACACGAUUUUAAGUAAAAAUCUUUCUAAAAAAUAAUUGUAGAUUUGUUUACCUAAAAAAGGUUUAACAAUUAAAAAAAUGUGUUGGCUACUACGAUGUUUUUUCCAUAAAAAUCUGUACGUUCCAAUCGUGUUUUGGGGGAUUUAAGGUUUUUUAACCUCCACUUUCUUCGUCAAUAUUUUUAAGAAUUGUUCAUACAAUAGAAAACAUUCCCCUCUCCGCUUUUAAAGGUCAGUCUGCUGCUCUAAAUGACUUUUAUUCGUAUUCAGAUUUGGAAUGAAAGCUAAAUUUGAAAGAAAUAUUCGAGAGACAUUUGAAAUUUCUGUAAGGGAAUAAAUGUACAUUUUUGGAAACGAAAAUCGGAAACCCUUGAAAAUUACGAUGCUGGAACUCGUAAUGUUGUUCCUUCUUAGCUCCGUGUUUUUUUUCGUUGCUCAUUUGGAGAAACCAACAACAUUGUGGGGACUCAUAGAUGCCACAUGUCCAAUUCUGAUGGGCACUCUAGCCGCUGGGUUGAUUUACAUAAAUAAUUAAAAAAAAAUGAGAAACCAGACUUAAUGAAAAUUUUUUUGAAAAAAAUGACUUUAUUUCGGCUGAGAGUUCAAAUAAUAAUGUAGUAAACUAUUCAAAAACAACAAAUAA